GCUGACUUGACCUGAAAAAAGAAAUAUCCAUACAUUGUCAUCUCCUUCCGGCCGUUAUAUACAGCCAUACAUUGUCCUAGCAAAGCACUCCGAGUUAGAAAGGAGCUCGACUUUUGUCUUCAGGAGCAAUCAGCCAUGACGAUCGUGGAGAUGCAGAUGAACAUCGACUGCGACGGCUGCGAGGACAACGUGAGGAAGGCCCUUCUCAGGCUUCAAGGCGUGCACUAUGUGGACGUGGACCGAGCGCGGGACAAGGUGACGGUGACGGGCACGGCGAGCCAGAAGAAGGUGCUGCGCGCGGCGCGGCGCACGGGGAAGCUCGCCGUGCUGUGGCCGUCGGCGUACGACCCGGGGUACCACCACGCCCACGCCUACGCUCACGCGCAGCCGGCCUACUACCACUCCUACCAAGCCAAGCCCGCCGCCGCCGCCCACGCGCACCGCUACUACAACAGCAUCCCGCACGGAGGGUACCCGGCGCCGGCGGCGCAGCACGGCAGCGCCAGCUCGUACAACUACCACGUCCAUGGCUACUACGACUCGGACCUCCACGGGUACCACCACGAGCAGUCCAACGACGCGCGGAGCUACUUCAGCGACGACAACCCCACCGCCUGCUCCGUCAUGUGAUGCUUGCUCCGAUGCCUACCAAAAAUCGGCCUCCGCAGCGUGUACAUACGUCGAUCUCUUGUGUAUAGCUCUGUCCAGCUGCUCUGUAUAGGACCUUCUUUUUUUUGCGGGUGCUCUGUAUAAGACGUUGAAGCCUAUGUUUGGAACACGAAAUU